AUGGCAAGAAUACCACGCCGCAAAGAUGAGAGAAUCAUUCUCGUCCGAGCCGGCAGGGGAGGAGGAACGGAAAAAUUUGGUAGGGUCCUUUUUCCGCUGGAUCCCUUCUGUCUCGGGCUCGCUUUUGACACACGCCGUGUCCCAGUGGAGCCAGAUUCAACUCCGCUCGAGUGUUUGUUCUGCUUCACCUCGGUCUGGAUGAUUCGACCUCUCAGUCUGCGAGACUACUUUUCUGUCAUGCUCGAAAGACGGGCGCCUAAGACGACAAGGUCGCUAUCCAAUACCUCAACUAUCGAAGCGCAUGCCAAAAAAGAAGCUUUAGCUCCCAAGUUAGACAAUCCCAUGGCCUUUCCUGAAAUCGGAUCGAUCGUUCCUGGCAGGCAGAAGCCUCAUGUUGGCAAGCCCGACGACUCGGUUGCCCUAUCGCAUGUCCUGAGAAGGUGGAUUGAUCGACUUUUCACAGUGAAAGAGGCUGAUUGUUGGAGCCAAGCUCUGGUUGAACCGAAGAGCACCGGCCCGGAAUGA